GGCAGUGGUUCUGUGGUAUAUAUUAAGGGGAAACAGUAGGAGUUUUCAAAAUCCAACUACAGCAUCAAUCUGCCAGGUUAUUUCUUAUGUGCUAUCUGAAGAAAACUAAAGCCGCAGCAUUGCAGCUAAUUAUUAAAACACUCUUUUAACAAAAUGGAGAAAAUCGAUGCCGAAAUUUUCACCUUUCAGUUUAAUAACAUGAAAUUUGCCAAGGGCAGAAAUGAGACUUGGCUGUGUCAGAUUCUGUGCAAGAACGAGGAGGCUCCAGAUUUUAAAGUGUACAAAAAAAGCUACUGGGAAGAUGAAAUGUCAAAACUUGCAGAAGAAAUGUUGAAACACGCAGAAGACACAUCGAAUAACACAGAACAAAAUCCGAAACUCAGACAAGAAAUGUUGAAAGCCGCAGAAGGAAUGUUGAAACUGAAGGACAAAAUGGCAGACAUGACGAAACACGCAGCAGAAAUGUCAAAACACGCAGCAGAAAUGUCAAAACACGCAGCAGAAAUUUCAAAACACGCAGCAGAAAUUUCAAAACACGCAGCAGAAAUGUCAAAACUCAUAGGAAAAAUGGUGACAUUCCCUGGAAAAAUGUCAGAAUGUGCAGAAGAACUGAGGAAACUCGCAGAACAAAUGUCAAAACUACCAGCAAAAAUCCCAAAACAUGCAGAUGAAAUCAUGAAUCUCGCAAGAAUGUCAGAACUCAUAGAAGAAAUGAAGACACUCGCAGAAUUUGUUUUUAAAAAAAUGUCAGAAUACACAGAAGAAAUGUCAAAGCUUGCAGAAGAAAUUGCAAAACUCGCAGAAGAAAAGCCAAGACUGGCAGAAGAAAUGGAUAAUCUCACAUAUGAAAUGCAGAAACUCAAGGACAAAAUGUUCAAAGUCCAAAAAGAAAUACCUAUGCAUGCUGAAAAAAUCUGCUUAUGGAAAAAUGAAUCUAAAAUUCAAGGUACUGGAAGUUAUAAAAUAACCUGGUUCAUCUCCUGGAGUCCUUGUGCCAGUUGUGCCCUUCAAAUAAUUGAAUUUGUAGAGAAGCACACCAAUGUGAGCCUGAAUAUCUUUGCCUCCCGGCUGUAUUACUAUCAAUAUGAAUCUCACAAAGAGGGAUUCAGAAAGCUUGCAGGACAUGAAAGAAUUGGCUUAAAGGUGAUGACUGUAAAGGAGUUCCAGGACUGUUUCCAGCAGUUUGUUGGAUUUCAAAAGUGGGAUGACCUUGAUAAGAACUCAAAGUUCUAUGCUGAAGAACUGAGAAGCAUAACGGGAUCUGAUCCAGUGAUGCCUUUUGAAGUGCCCUACAGUGUGUGUGGUGUCUGCCUGGAUUACAAACAGCAAGUCUCCAUCAAGAACGACCAGCAGAACUGACCGCUGGAAAGUGCCUGGAAUCAAACAUGCAGCCUAAACCCAGCCCACUCUCUGUGUUUCUUCUCUUGUGAUAGAUUUCAAAUUGUAGGUGGAAUACUUUGUGAUUUAAUGGGAGUUUUAGACACAUCUCUUUUUAAAUAUAUUUUUCUAAAAUUUAAAGCGUGAUGAACAUCUGUCAACAUGUUAGUGUUUCUCUUUAGUGAGUGGAGUAUUUUAAAAACAUUUCAAACUUCUCUAUGGGCUUUUAAUCAAUUAAUCACACAAUUUAAUUUUCAGUAAAGGGGGUAAAAUAAUGAUUGUUUGGAAAAAUACUAAAACUAUAUAUAUAUAUAUAU